AAAUACCCACAGCCAAUGCAGAACAUAACGUAACGGACUUUCGUCGAGCCAACAACUUUGCUAUCUAUCUAAGAUAUUUAUGUCGUCGGAAUAUAAACUGUGAAAGAACACUAUAAAGUGGAAUAACCAUAAUAGGACGAUUAAUUCGUAACUAAAAGAAUUCCCCAAGUCACGGAGCAUCGAGAAGGAACUGCAGAACGCGUAAGCGUCCUUAAAUCCAGCUAGCAUGGAAUGCUGUUUAUCGGAAGAAGCCAAGGAACAAAAACGGAUCAAUCAGGAAAUCGAGAAACAACUGCGCCGUGACAAAAGAGAUGCGCGCAGAGAACUUAAACUUCUUUUAUUAGGUACUGGCGAGUCGGGAAAGUCAACCUUUAUUAAACAGAUGCGUAUUAUUCACGGUAGUGGCUACUCGGACGAUGAUAAACGUGGCUACAUCAAGCUGGUGUUCCAAAACAUCUUUAUGGCGAUGCAGUCCAUGAUUAAAGCAAUGGAUAUGCUUACAAUAGAAUAUGGUUCUGCUGAGACUAAAGAACACGCUGAGCUGGUGAUGAGCAUUGAUUACGAAUCGGUCACAACAUUUGAGGAUCCAUUUUUGAAUGCCAUUAAAUGUCUUUGGGCGGAUGCCGGCAUACAGGAAUGCUAUGACCGCCGAAGAGAAUAUCAGUUGACGGAUUCAGCUAAAUACUAUCUGAGUGAUUUAGCGCGCAUUGAACUGGCUGAUUAUUUGCCCACUGAGCAAGAUAUUCUACGUGCUCGUGUUCCCACAACUGGAAUACUUGAGUAUCCCUUCGAUCUGGAUGGCAUUGUGUUCAGAAUGGUGGAUGUUGGCGGACAGCGAUCGGAGAGAAGAAAGUGGAUUCAUUGCUUUGAGAAUGUCACCUCAAUUAUAUUUUUGGUGGCACUAUCGGAAUACGAUCAAGUCUUGCAUGAAUCUGAUAACGAGAAUCGCAUGGAAGAAUCAAAAGCUUUGUUUAGUACUAUAAUUACAUACCCGUGGUUUCAAAAUUCAUCAAUUAUUCUCUUUUUGAACAAGAAAGAUUUGUUAGAGGAGAAAAUCAUGUAUUCGCAUGUGAUUGAUUAUUUUCCUGAAUUUGAUGGUCCCAAACAGGAUCAUGCUGCGGCCAAACAAUUUGUACUUAAGAAAUACUUGGCCUGCAACCCCGAUCCUGAGCGUCAGUGUUAUUCACAUUUCACAACAGCCACAGAUACCGAAAACAUCAAGCUUGUGUUCUGCGCUGUCAAAGAUACAAUUAUGCAAAAUGCACUUAAGGAAUUCAAUUUGGGUUAAAUACUUACAAAUUAUCCAGCUAAUAAAAAUACAACUGCUACGA